GGGUGGUGCUGUUUUUCUCACUUCUCUCUCUCUCUCUCUCUCUCUCUCUCUCUCUAGAGUUGCUUAAUAGUCUCCAAGACUACAUUUUUCUCUCUCAUUUCGCAGACCAAACCAACCCAGGAAAAAAAAAGCUUCAAAAUCAAAUAAUCCCCAUCUAAGCUAGCUGCGAUUUCUUUGAUCUUGGGUUGAUGUUAUGGAUGAAGAUUCUAAUGGGAUUGUUUGAUUUUUCUUCAUUUGCUGCUUUCUGCUAGUAUUUGCGUUGCUGCUUGGAGUGAACAGUAAUAAUUCUAGAGAUAGAAAGAAACUUAGUGAGAGAAAGGGUCAUUAUAUAUGCUGAAAUCUAAGUUCAAGAUAAGGUGUGGAGGUAGAGAAGAUAUUACUAGAGCUUGUGACUGUUGGGAAAACAGCACAAGUAGAAGAGAGAAGAAGAAGCAGCUUUUCAUCAGAUGUUAUCUUUUGAAAAACUUCCACCAGAUCCCCCAUGUCAUCAUCCCCAACCUUUGAUCAUCAACGAUGCUAGUACUAGUCAUGAGCAGCCUUUAGAUCUAUCUAAUAAUCCACCCCUUCCCAAAUUCUCCAUCAGAGAUUAUGUUUUUACUUCCCGGUGCAAGAAUAUCGAGACCAACUGGCCUUUUUCUCAGAAGAAUUUGCAACUUUGCUUGAAACAUGGUGUGAACGAUCUGUUGCCACCAUUUGAGAAUCUUGAUGAAGUAAGGAACCAACCCAUUAAGAGAUGUAUGGUUGAAAGCGAAAGGAAAACCGAUCUUGAUGUUUCAAAAUCUUCCGGGCUAGAUGAUCACGCAGUAUUAAAGUCUUCGUAUACCAAACUGAAGGAAAAGCUAACAGAAGCUUGCACAGACACUAAAACAACCACUUCAUGCAGGUCUGAAGGAGAAAAUGAUUUUCCAUCCACACUUACGAGUAUUUCUCAAUCUGAAAUAGAGGAGUCAGUUCCUACGAACGGGCCGUCAAGGUUGCCGUUAGAAACUGAUACUUCCUUGGAAGCUGCAUCAGUUGAAGCAGUUGAAACAGCAGGUCCUCCUGUUGUUGUUGUCAACAAAACCAAAAGCACGACGCGACCCUCGGGUAAGAAGUGCAGAUUGGUGGUGAAAUUCAGCAGCCACGCAGAGAGAAGCUCAACCGAAGAUAUUGCUUCGAAUAUUACUACCAUUUCAGAAACAAUGACUUCACAAAUUUGCCCUGUUUGCAAAACCUUCUCAUCGUCCUCUAAUACCACCUUGAAUGCUCAUAUUGAUCAGUGCCUUUCCGGGGAGGCAACUCCCAAGUGGACUCUGGAUUCAAAACCGAUUACAAGGUACAGAAUUAAGCCGAGGAAAACCAAAUUGAUGGUGGAUAUAUAUACUACUGCCCAGCAUUGCACAUUAGAAGAUCUCGAUAGAAGAAAUGGUUCGAGCUGGGCCACGAGCGUUUCAAGCUUUCCUACUCAGGAUAAGGAGAAGUCUGAGAUGCCGGUUGAAGAGAAAAGGAAAAAGGUAUCUUCAGUCCAUCCCGAUGAUAUUGAUGUCGGUCCAGUCUAUGUAGAUGCCAAUGGCACGAAAGUUAGGAUUUUAUCGAAGUUUGAUGAUGCACCAUCGCCAUCAGCGCCCAAAGCAGUACAGCAUCUUCGACCAAGAAAACCUUUGAAGGCUGGUAAAGGAAGCAAAUUCCUUUCAGCAAAAAAGCAAAAGCGCCAUGCAUCUAAACAUCACAAGUACCUUAAGCUUGCUCCUCAAAGCAAAGAUUUUCUCUCUCCCAAGGCUCAUUCUUCUCAGAUUCAUGGGGGUCAAGAAACCUGUGGAGCGAAAGAAAAUUCCGUGGAAGGACAGCAAAUGGAAAAGCAGCUCAAUUCCUGUAAUCCCGGAGCUUUAAGAGGAUGGGUUUCUUCCAAACGCACUGGUGUUGUAAAGAAGUUGAACAAGAAGCAUGUGUCUCAGAACGUUUUGGUUGAGAGUGAUCAAACAUGUUUAGAUAACUGUCGUGUGGAGGGAAUCCGUGGUAGAAAGGUAGUGAAUUUGUCUGGAAAUCCAAUUUCUUCUCCUGAAAAAAGUGGGAGCACAGAGAAUGCAUGUGAUGAAGCUCAAGCCAGUGAGAAAAGUGACUGCUCUCCGUGGAGGAGAGCAGGAAGCCCCUUUCCUGGUGAGCAAAGCCAGCAUCAGUUUAGCCAGGACAGAACUUUUUCACUCAAUAAUUGCAUGCUAAACCGUACUUACUCUGACGUGAACUUUGCACCUGUGUUGAGCAACAAUACAAUUGGUUCUGCUGCUGAUCUCACCAAAAAUUUUGAUAGUCCCCCUCGUGUUAGCAAAAAACUAUCUAAGAGCCGUGAUGCCCCCAGAUCAAAUGCUAGGAAAUUCCUCCCACCAAAGAAAAAUGUGUUGGCUAUUGGCAGUCGGGUAUCUUUGACUGAAUCCAGUCCCAGUGUCGCUAAGAAUUGCUCAGCUGCUAAGAAUCAAGAGGAAAGGGAAGAAGCAGAUAAAGAGGUUGCUGCCUGGGAUCCUGAGGCUGAUCAACAGCAUGAUUUCAUGCAUAAUUUUGCUGGAAAGCGGUUUAGAAAAGAUAGUAGCGAUGAAGUAUUGCUAUCCAGAAGCACUGUGUUGCAAGGGAGAAAAGGUAGAGGUUCCUUAAGUAGCUCUAGAAGGAAUGAACCCAUGGCUUUGGAAAGUUCUCAAUUUGCACCCAAGUUUUAUGGAAAUGAUGAGAGGGAAAAGAUGGAUACUUCUGGUACUGUUCGUGAUGAAUAUCUGGAAAAAGUUGAUGGCCUGGGAGCUGCUGAGAGAGAGGAUCAAAUCCAUGAUCGUGACAUGAUUACUGAAAAGCCUUCCCUAAUUGGUUUCUGUGAAACCAAAGCGGUAACGAGUCCAACUGAUCCAAGCAUUAGUAAUGAUGAGCAAGAGAUGUUUUAUGGUGAUGAACUGCAAGAUGGCACACUUGGGCAGAAUGUUCAUAGCACGGAGGAAAUGGAUGCUCAAGAUGGCCAGGGAAGCUAUUUUCCUGAGGUUGAUCCAAUACUUAUCCCAGGGCCACCAGGAUCAUUUUUGCCAAGUCCUAGGGAUAUGGGGUCAGAUGAUUUUCAAGGGAAUUCGUCACUAACCACGAGCCGAGUUCAAUCAUCUCAAGAUCAACUUGACUUCAUCGAUGGGGAUUCAUCAGAUUCACCUGUUUCUACAACAUCAACCAUCUCUAAUUCCAGAGGGACAAAAUUUGAUCCGAAGUAUUCUGAACCCUUAUCAUCCAUAGGACCUCAAUCCGCUCAAGACAAGAUCGGGCCGGGCCUAUCGCGUGCAGUUAGUGGCACUUCUGAAGAAAUUAAUGCCACCGUAGCUCAACAGAUUACUAGUACAGCAGCUGACAGACUUUCUUUUGAUAGAGAAAACCUUAAGGUCAACAAGAUAUCUCUCGAGAGGGGACCUAUCAGCUUCAAAAGUAACGAUCAGCCUUGCUGUUGUCAACGGAAGGAUAGAACUUCUCUGGGUGUGGCUUUAAAUUAUCAAGAAUCACCACUAUUAAUGCGGCGAGCAAUGGCAGUGCCUGCCUUGGGAAAGCAAAUGGGUGGCAAUCCAAACACAAGAACUAACACUUUGGAGUCGGGGUCUGACAUGUCAGGCUCGUUCUUUCUGAGCGGUUGUACAACAUUGAGAUCUGAACAGGCAGUUUUCCCUGUCACCAAGUCAUCUUCCGGUCACCAUCCUUCGAAGGGUUCUCCAGAUGGCAAAGGGAAGUUGUCCGGCCACGGUGAUUGCGAUUCUGUUAGUCCGUCCGCUUCUAAUUCGAUACUCAGGCUAAUGGGAAAGAAUUUGAUGGUGGCCAACAAAGAUGAAGAUACAUCAGCUCCACCGGUGCAGGCUCAACCACAUGGGCAAACUAACCAACUAACUUCACAGUUUCCGACAUUCUCAGGAGUUGUUCCUGGCAAUCUUCAGAAUCAGUUUUACCAUUCCUUUCAACAUAAUUUCCCUCAUGGUUCCGUAAUCUUAGGUCAAGAUCCACAUAACAAGGUGGGGGAAUGUUUUAGAAGCUAUAGCAAUCCGAAGACACCACAAGUGGUUGCACGAGGACCUGCAAGCUUGUUUCCAAAACAUCGUACAGAUGGCAGUUUUGUGUCAUCCAUGGAGCCUCAUGAGCAUAAAGGCGAUUGUAAUUAUCCAAUGCCACAGAACAGGUCUAUAAGCAAACCCAUUGGAGGAGCACCUGCGUUUCAUAUCGAGAGCAUUAUGAACCCUCCUGACCGCCAACGCAAGAAUGGACAUUCUGCUUUCAGUGCCAGUAAAGAAAUUAUCAUCAUUGAUGAUGUUCCGGAAAGUGAAGCUGAUUUGGCCUGCAAUGUUGCAAAGUACUCAGAAGGGUUGACGGAAAGCCAAGUAGUUUGUUCCAGCAUUCCAGUACAAGCGGCUCCGAGUUAUAACUCAAAGCAUGUGAAGAAUCCUUUCUCUCAUUACGAGUCACAGGAACCUUCUUUACGUUGUGGAUCACCAGUUUUGUACAACACCACCUUGCAUGCAGUUCCCUCCAGGCUAGCCACUAAUAGUAGUCCUGUUAAAUGGAGCUGUACUACUUCAGAAGGCUCGGGUGUGCUGCAGCGGGCUCCUUUUCUUGCAGCACCAUCUCCAAGAGGACAUCUGAGAUCUACACUGUACUCUCCGAGCUUGUCAUAG